AUGGCAGGCUUGAAUGUACUCAUCAGCGGUGUUGGCAUUGCAGGCCCUGCUACAGCCUUCUUUCUCGCCAAAGCCGGAGCUAACGUAACAGUUGUUGAGAGAGCACCGGAGCCGCGGACUGGCGGUCAGAAUGUCGACGUUCGAGGCCAUGGACUGACAGUCAUCCGUCGAAUGGGUCUGGAGGAGACCGUUCGCAGCAAGACGACCCACGAGAAAGGCUUGAAGUUUGUGGAUGCUCAGAACGUUAGCCGUGCUGAGUUUCCAAUCGAUGAUGGCCAAGGAUUCACAUCCGAUAUUGAGAUCAUGAGAGGUGAUCUUGGACUCAUCCUCUAUGAGGCUACGAGAGAUAAUGUGCGAUACUUGUUUGGAGAAAGCGUCAAAUCCAUCAGCGAAAAGUCUGAGAAGGUCGAAGUCGACUUCGAGAACGGCUCGCCUACUAUGUCAUUCGACGUUAUCGUUGCUGCAGACGGCUGGGCAAGCACAACAAGAAGAUUGGCGUUUGAUCCCAAAACCACACAUGACUGUCUCAACGAUCUAGGCCAAUGGGCAGCUUGGUUCCGGAUACCACACAAGGAGUCCGAUAGCGAUUGGGCUCGCUGGUACAAUGCACCUGGCAAACGCAUGAUCUUGCUUCGACCGGAUAAUGCUCAUGUCACCAGAGCUUCGUUGUGGGCGAUGCCAUCGGAUGAUCACAUGGAUAGCGUGGCAAGGAAGGGGAUCGCCGAGCAGAAAGCGCAUUGGAAACAGCUAUUUCACGAUGCCGGUUGGGAAGCUAAGAGAGUAGUAGGAGUGAUGGAGCAAGCCAACGACUUCUACAUGCAGAAGAUUGCACAGGUGAAUCUUCCCCACUGGUCAAGUGGUCGAACAGUCCUGAUUGGCGAUGCUGGCUACUGUCCGUCACCGAUCACCGGCAUGGGUACAACAGCAGCACUUGUUGGCGCAUACAUCCUAGCUGGAGAGCUCGCUCAAAAGCCGAAGGAUAUCUUCAAGGCGUUCCAGAUGUAUGAAGAUCGAAUGAAGCCUUUCAUUAAAACAGCUCAAAAGCUAGCUCCUGGUGCUCCUAGUAUGGCCAAUCCUCAGACUCAAUGGGGCAUUCAGAUUUUACACUGGUUCCUGGGGUUCAUCGCCUGGUCUGGCAUCUUGAAAUGGAUGGGUCCGUCGUUCAACCCUCCUGCCACGGGUAUAGAGCUUCCCGACUACACGUUUGCGUAA